CAUCCCAACGCCCUCAGAGACCCUCAACAGAGAAGUCUGGGUCCCCCGCCGUGGACUACCAUCAGUCUCUGUUAGGCAACGACACAGCGAGCGCUGACAGAUCACUGGCAGCCGUCAGACUGAUGAGAGGCUGUCACAUAGCAGAGAUUAGCCAGCUCCUGCUGCUGCACAGCGCUCUCAGCAGAGAGCCGGGCUGCAGACGUCCACGCGCUGAAAACACCUCCAGCCCCGGCUGCGUACCGCCACCCUGAGCAGCAGCUCUGCAGGAAACUCAGGAAUACUCCAUGGAGACCAGAAACAGCCUCACGCAUCGACGUCCAGAGGUCGCAGUGGGAUUUAAGUCUAGGAGAAACCACUUUCUUCCACACUAAGAUAAAGCACGACUCCGCGCUCAUCUCUGCUGCUAUGACCAACAUGACAGGCCUGGACACGCACUCUGAGGUUGUUCAUCCAAUCAGCUUCCAGAUCUUUCUGACAGCCUUCCUGGUUCUGGAGAUCGCAUUGGGCCUGAGCUCCAACCUGACGGUGCUGGUGCUAUACUGCCUGAAGCAGAACCUGGUCAGCUCCGUGUCCAAUAUCAUCACUAUGAACCUGCAUGUGCUGGAUGUUCUGGUGUGUGUGUGCUGCAUCCCAUUGACAGCAGUGAUGGUACUUCUUCCAUCAGCGGCAAGAACGGCCAUGAUCUGCUGUUUCCACGAGGCCUGCGUCUCCUUUGUUAGCGUGGCCACUGGUACCAACGUGCUGGCCAUCACCAUGGACCGUUACGACAUCUCAGUACGGCCUGCCAACCGUGUUCUUACUAUGGGACAAGCCGUGGCGGUGCUGGGAUCCAUCUGGACUUUGUCCUUUCUCAGUUUCCUGGUUCCGUUCGUGGAGGUGGGCUUCUUCAUGGGCUCUGGUACUGACCUGAACCAGACCACAGAGGUGCCGCUGAUUCAUACGAAUGAAUAUUACACAGAGCCGGGUCUGUACUAUCACCUGCUUGCACAGAUCCCUAUAUUCUUCUUCACAGCUGUGGUGAUGCUGCUCACGUACUACAAGAUCCUUCAGGCAUUAAACAUCCGCUUUGGAACACGCUUCCAACAUAGCCUCCCCAAAAAGAAGCCGAAGAGCAGCAACACCAUGUCUCUGACCACCACCACACAACCGGAGUCUACGGAGCCUACCCAGAGCAGCACGGGGGUCCGGGCAGCUGCAAACCCACCUUUAGGCAUGUGUGCAUCAGUGUCUGUCAUCAUUGCAUUACGACGGGCAGUGAAGCGUCAUCGGGAGAGAAGGGAGAGGCAGAGACGGGUCUUCAGGAUGUCUUUUCUCAUCGUCUCCACCUUCCUUCUCUGCUGGAGUCCAAUAACAGUGCUGAACACCAUCAUUCUCAGCACUGGACCAAGUGAUCUGAUGGUCCGCCUUCGCCUGGCCUUGCUGGUCAUGGCCUACGGGACCACAAUCUUUCACCCACUCCUCUAUGCCUUCACUCGGCAGAAGCUCCAAACGGUCAUCAAGAGCAAGAUGAAGAAAAGGAUAGUGUCUGUUUUGGAAGCUGAACCCUCACCAAACAACGUGGUCAUACAUAACUCCUGGAUUGAACCCCGGAGGAACAAGAAGGUCACCUUUGAGGACACGGAAGCCAGACAAAAAUGUUUGUGCCCUCAGGAUGGAGAGUGACAGAAUACUUAUCCAGGACCGGGUUUUGGGGCAACUGCCUAAGCAGAGAUCC